AUUUUAUUCCACAAUUUGUAAAUUAGUUUUAGGUCUCCCCUUUCUCUUUUUUGUUCCAAUGUUGGCAGGUCCAUUUCCUUUAACCUUUCUUCAUAUGACAAUCCCUCCACUUCUGGAACCAUCUUCGUUGCCAUCCUUUGUAUUCUUUCUAUUUUUUUAAGUUUCUUCUUAUGGGAAGACCACACAGUUUCUGCAUAUUCCAACUUUGGUCUAAUCAUAGUGGUAAUCAUCUUUUUCAUCAUAUCUUUAUCCAUGUAGUGGAAUGCUAUUCCUACAUUUCUUACCAUUCUAUGUGUAUCUCCAAAUAUCCUAUUUACAUGACUCUCAGACUGUUGAUUAUCUUGUAUUAUCAUUCCCAGAUCUCUCUCUUCUUGAACUUUUAAUAUUUCUCCAUUUCCUAUUCUAUAUGUCCAUUUUGGUCUCCCUUCACUCUUUCCUAUUUCCAUUACAUGACAUUUCUUCACAUUAAACUCCAUCUCCCAUUUCUUACUCCAAUCCCAAAUCUUAUUUAGGUCCUCUUGCAGAAUUUCACAGUCCUUACUAUUUCUUAUGUGUCUCAGCAAUUUCGCAUCGUCUGCAAACAAGCUCAUGUAACUAUUUACUCUCUCCGGCAUGUCAUUUAUAUAUACAUACUAGGAAAAGUAUUGGUGCCAGUACCGAUCCUUGAGGCACCCCACUAUCUACAUUUCUCCAUUCCAAUUUCAUGUCCUUUACCACUGUUCUCAUUUCUCUUCCCUUUAAGUAACUUUCCAUCCAGUUUUUCAUUUUCCCUUUCAAUCCUCCUCUAUUUUCCAGCUUCCAUAAUAGUCUUGAAUGUGGAACUUUGUCGAAAGCCUUCUUCAAGUCCAAAUACACGCAGUCUACCCAUCCAUCCCUCUCCUGUGUUAUGUCUGUCACUCGCGAGUAAAAGCUUAAUAAGUUUGUUACUAAUAAACACCCUUGUCUAAAGCCAUAUAGUUUUUCUGUAAUUAUAUUGUGUUCUAGAAAUUUUGUCCAUUGUUUCUUAAUCACUUUUUCACAUAUUUUACUAACUAUACUGGUCUAUAGUUCAGAGGUUCUUCCUUUUUCCCACUUUUAUAUACAGUAAACCGUCAGUUAUCCGGGUGCACCGUAUCCGGGAGUUUUAAAAAAUAUUUGAUUUUUUCAAAAAAAUUAAAAAAUUGUCGCGCGCCGCCUAAAGGCGUUCAUAUUGCCCGCGCGAUGCCUCUAAGCUCUGUCCGGGCGUCGUACCACACCCGUAAGGCGCGCCCCAGCUUGCACGUAGCAAUGAUAUUGACGCCCUGGUGCGAAGGUUCGCAGGAAAGCUGUGUGCUUCGCAGUACAACUGGUACGUAAACGUCCUUGCCGAGCGCUGCAGACCAUAUCGAAGUGACGAGAGUCAAGGCAUUGCAGGUUUAAAUGGAGGGAGUGUCAAAGGACUGUUUAAAUGAAACACACAGUGCGAACCCUAGCUUAAGCCUUGAUGACUGCCUAAAUCCAGACUGGACUAGGUGAGCAGGGCUCCGUCCCCGUGGAGAAUGCGUGCGGGUCCGCUUGCACUCCUGCGGGAGUGAGGGCGGAAUAAGAAAUGCGGGUAAGUACCGCCCUCGGUCCGACAUGUGAAAGGAUUUUACCAUGCUUACAGUAAGGCGAGUAGAGGGGCCCGCAGUGGUUUGGGGGUCCCGUGGACCAGCCUGAUUUGGAGGUGCGGGCUGGCCGUAAAUCGUGGUUACUUCUUGUGGCUGGCCUCCCCGAGGUCCCGCUGGAUGCACUGUGCAGGGGGUACCCGCCCCUCUGGCUCGCAAGGGCAACACAGUGUAACUAAACAGCAACAGAUCACCUCGCAAGCGGAUGCGCCAGGUUGUCAUUGACUCCUUGGUUAUCCGCCCCACUCACACUCAGGAGUGGGGCGGCCUGGCGUACUUGCCCGGUGUUUGUGGGCCUUCGGGCUCAUUGCCGGGCUUAACCUGGUACCUGCGGGGAUCAUGUUUCUUAAAGGCCCCUCUAAGCGAGAAUAGUGAGAAAAAAUCAUCACUCACGCAAACCAUUUCAUUAUAUAUAUCAACGCAUUUGUGAUCGGUUUAUGCAUCAUCUAUUUUUGGGGGUUUAUAUCUGGCACAAAUUUGGCCCGUCGCUGCUACACAGUAAACGUAAAGCCACAAAUUUGGCCCGUCGCUGCUACCGGAUUAAAAGGGUAGCGCCCUGGGGUGCCUACCCGGGCGUCCGUGUAGAAGCCUGCUUAGAGUAGUUGAUGCUCGUUGCCGGCCCGUACCACUUACGGUAUCGCUCUGAUGCCUUCUGAUUGACCCGGGUGGUAAAGCCCGCGGUGCUCGUAGCCACGAGGUUGCUAACGCAGCUACGCAGCGAUAAAGCCGCGUGCGCGCACCCAAGAACAGCACAGAGCGAUCGGCCUUCCAGUUUUGUAAAACUGGACUCGUAAAAAGUUUCUUGUGGCAGCGCUGGGUCUGCUAGAGAACCUACGUGGUAAACACGAUGGUGCAGACUUGGGCGUUUAAGCUGCCACAAAUACCUGGGCUUUUCUGGGAUGGGUCCAGGCCCCGCUGCUGUGAUUGGCCAAGCAGGGGAACAUUAGCUGCUGCCUGUGAACACGGGGCUAGGCACCCCAGCAAUGGGUUAGCGGUUGAGGCUGUCGCGCCUAAUUGCCGAAUCCCAAGUAACAGAUCCCCCAAGGUGCAGCAGGACUGCGAUAAGCCAGGGAGAGAUUGUGCUAACCGUGGCGACGCUGCUCGAAUCCUUUUCUCAGCGCCCGGAGCACGUCAAUCGCGCGCAUUUCACUCCCUGGUGCAGACUGACUGCUACAAAGCCAUGGGGCGUACCAUAGUAUGAGUAUGGACAGAAGCACCUAUGCAGUACUCUGUCGUUGCGUUUAUGGCAGGCCAUGAUCGAGAGCUGGGGUUUCAGGUCCGUAGACUUAACCUACACCAUAUCCGGGUUUUUCCCAUAUCCGGGUGCCCCCGUGGCUCUGUUAACCCGGAUACGAGAGGGUUUACUGUAGUGAGCUUUUCCUUCCCCCCUUUUAGUAAGACAGUUUUCCGUAAAGACCGCCCGACAGACCUCGGCAAAGGUGGCGGUGUCAUCAUCGCCACCAAGCCGGGUCUUUGUGUUAAGCAUAGGCCUGACUUUGACAUAGACUGCGAACUCAUCUGGGUCCAGUGACAAACCUUCAACGGUAAAUUUCUUCUUCUUGCUACUUUUCACAGACUACCUACACAAUCUUCAACAUUCUCUGUCACGCAUACAGGUAGACAAACACAUCUGGAUCACGGGUGAUUUCAACCUCCCUGACAGUGACUGGACUGCAAUUUCCCCAUUUGACCCUCCCGAUGUAGACGCCCCUAACCCCAUUAUUUCCCAUACAAAUAGAUGCCAAUUACAAGAUACAUUCAUUGACAUCAUUAAUACAUUUUCACUUUCACAAACAGUACUCCAGCAAACACAAACAGAUGCUGUAACACGCCCCGCUGGCCACGGUGGCCCUAUGACCGCGGCACACACACUAGACCUUUAUCUCACCGGUCCCAACAACAUUCUUAACAAACACUAAGGUUGUUCCAGGACUUAGUGAUCAUGACAUACUCAUCAUUGACACAGCCCCGACCGAUUAGCCAUAAACAGAGACCCAGACAGAUAUUCCUUUAUUCAAGGGCUGACUUAGACAUGAUCAAAUAAGACUUAACUGCUUUCAGCGCUGACUGUUUUGCGACAGACCCGCACACAAGACUUUUUUUCUCUAACUGGAACAACCUGAAACCCGCCAUACAUGCCAUAAUGAACAGACACAUACCACAAAAAAACACUUUCUAGUAGAUACACACUUCCCUGGUUUUCCAGGGUUCUACAGACAACAUCGCAAAAAACAAAGACUCUACAGACGUGCGCAGACAUACAAUACAACAAAUAAUUGGACCGCUUACAAAAAACACCAAAAGACACUUGCCCUUAACAAAAUUAGCGGAACGCAAACACAUAUAACAACUUACCUCGCAGACAACGUAAGAAAUAACAAAAGAAACUUUUUCAAAUUCUUAAAGAUCAGUACCGUCUGUGCCGAAGAUAAGUUUUCGUCUAUCUUAACUGUUUAGUAUUGUAUCUAUCUUUUUAUCUGUUAGAUUUAUUGAUUUCCAUUGGUUUUGUGUUAUGAACUUGUGCACAAAGUACUCUUGUAAAAGUUUAAAUAAGCAAUCAUCUGGGGUCCAGGAACGGAUUAAUCCAUUUUACAUUGAUUCCUAUAGGGAAAACAGCUUCUGUUUUCGAACAUUUCGGGUGACGAACGGCCUUCAGAAAUUAAUUUAAUUCGUGAACCGAGGUUCCACUGUAUUUAUAUUUGCGUAAGAAAUUUCUGGCUAUGUCUAGUGACGCCACUAUGCGUACAUACUCAUACUGAUAAAUUGAUUGCAUAUAUGGUAUAUCAAAACAAGUCCGUGGCCAUUAAAGGUGAAUCUGGGAACAAAGUCAUCUUAAAAUAGUAACAUGCUUCCUCUUCAUGAACAGAUAAGGCAAAUUUUACUUGCACGUGAAAAAUGACUUUUGUGUCAGUUUCGAUCAGGCAGUUUUCAUGAUAGGAGCCCAAAGGCGUUUUGUUCAGCAAGAUACUUAAAACUGUUGGCUACUUGUUUCGCUUGUGCACUCUGAUCUCACGAGAAAAUUUUAUGUUAAGAGGGUGUUGCAUCUCAUACUAAUUAGGGGUUCUUAUGUUAUCAGUGACAGCAAACACUUCACGAGGGGUGGCGGAGAUAGGGAGUGGACUGCUAAUGUACCUGCCAGUCAAACAGCCGAGGGGACGUGACAAGGGGACAAAAGUGAAUUAGUCAACGGCACUCUGUUACUGCACGUUGAGGAAGGAGGAAAGAAGAAACGGCAGUUAUUCCAAGAUCACGUCACCAUUCAUCAUAAAAAGAGGGAGCCAAAUGGUUGUGACAUGAAACCUUUAUUGGCUCAGCGACAUAACCACCGCAUCACUGCUUUCCCGAAGGCCCGUGCGUGCCGUGUUCCCGGGAAGCUACGUCACCGCAAGAGAGAUCAUCGACUUGCAUAUACUCGCGCCUUGGUCUCAUGUACGGAAAAGUUGCCCUCGGUAAAGCAUCACGUCCGUAAGAGAUUUGUCAGCUAUCGUAAAAUUCUUCGUGGGGUGAGACGAGAGUACUACCCGCUGGAGCAUCACCAUUCAGGCACCUUCGUUGCUGGAUCAUCACAGGCACCCACGAGGCGUGCCGCAUCAACGUGCUGUGCUUCCCAGGACUCGAGCAUCAAGAGAGGAACUCAUCGCUGUGAAAAUAAAUUACGUUGCACGGAAGAUGGAAGAGGUGAGCGUAGUGCAAUCGAAAAUCAAGUGAUAACAGACCAGAAGACAACAAAAACAAACAAUCCAUCCGCACACACCACCCUUGGUGCUUUUCCUGCCCCCGGGGUCAGCUGGUGCGAGGCGGAGGGUAUGGAGGAUCACUGCCAGCAGUGGGUCCGCGGCGAGGGGAAGCCCCUGGCGCAGAGACGCUCGUGGUUGCUGCAUCUGAAACGCAUCCGCCAGGAGAAGGAUGCGAGGCGGAGCGAGAUGAUGGUGAUAAUGGAGCACAGGAUGAUCAACUUGAAACAGAAACUAAACAGAGGCAUGGAGUCUUUGAAGUUCACAAACAUUCUGACACGCAAGAUCAACGGAAGAUUUGGAGCGAGCGGUGUGGCUGUCUUUUGCUUUAUUCGAGACCUUCUUGUGCUGAAUACGAUCAUAAGUUUGCUCAUGUGGAGUCUCCUCGGUACACCUCUCCUGGGUAUAAAGGGAGAAGACGACGAUCGGGUCGGUGGAUGGGUGAAGCACUCUCAUCGCAAUUUUUCCGACGGUGCCUCCAUCACCAACGCCCCCGACUUACCAUAUGAGGCUUUCUAUGCCGACGACCUGGACGACCAACCCCCUGCUAACUUUACCGACGACAACUUUUGCUCCCCAGUCGCUCUCACCUUCGGUGAUGAUAAGGUGACUAACUGCAGCAGGUUCUACUUGGACUCUCUGAUGGAAAUGAAAGGCGGCAUUAAGACAUGGACUUCUCCGCCGCUCGUGUCACAGAUUCUCCUCGCUAAGGGUCACCUUGAGUACUCGCUGCUCUUCUUGGGGCGCUACCCCGCUGCUACGCCACAAAUGAAGUACUCGUGGGCGGCGGUUCACGUGGUGGGUGUGGUUGUAACGCUCGCGGUGUCACUGGUGGUGGUGGUGAAGCGGGUGGGUCAGUGGCUCUGCUUCAACGCCUCCGUCCCUGGUGACCUCGCCCUCUCCAAGAUGGUUUUCUGUGGGUAUGAUUAUUCCCUCACAGACAAGCGAUUUAUAGCCUCGAAACAGAACAAUUUAAAAACUGAAAUUCGUGCUACGCUGGAUGAAGAAGAAUUCCAGAGAAGCAAGAACCGAAGGACUCAUUCCCAGCUGGUAGUGCUACAUGCAAAGCGAAUCGCAGUCAACUGUGUUAUAUUCCUGGUUGUGUCAGCGGGGUGCUGGGUCAUCGUCAUGGUUGCCAAACACAGUCUGGAGCUGAUGAACAACACAAACUUUCACGACCCUUGGAUGGAAGACAUGACGCAGUUUCUUCUCAGUUUCCUGGAUACUUUGACGGUGUGGUUACUGGGACUCGUGUUGCCACCAAUGCUUUCUUCCCUGGGUUCGGUAGAAGAAUACAGCAGCCGAGUCACAUUACUUCUUUUCAUUCUCCGGAACGCUACAUUUAGGUUCAUUUCCAUUGGUGCGUUAGUGGUGUCCCAACUGAGUGUUAGAAAUGACACCCUGUCCGCUUGCCAUAGUGAUACGCCGUGCUGGGAAACUGCGCUGGGCCAAAAGUUGUAUGCACAAGUGGUUUGGGACUUCAUGAUGCGGGCGGUGAAGAUGUUCCUGCUACUCGUCUAUAGGAUUCUUACGCUGCCGUGUGCCCUCUCUGACGAUUCGUUCCUCCCAGCCUUUGACGUAACAGAAAAGGUGUUGGAUGUGCUGACCCUACAGACCCUGUGUUGGCUAAGCGUACCCGUGGCGCCGCUACUGCCAGGGCUGGUGUUAACAUCGUUGGUUGUUCUGUGGCUGCUAGAGAUGGCAGUAGCCCUGUUGGCCUCGCGACCCGCCACUCGCGUCAUCCAGGUGUCCCGCUCUUCUGCCUUGUUCAUGGUGGUGCUGGCAGUGGCUUGGGUUGGGGCUGCCGCUCAUGCCAUCGCCGUCUUAGGCUUCCUCACACCCUCGCUCGGAUGUGGACCAUAUCGGGGUCUCGACCAAGCCUGGAGAGCCUUCACGUUCGCCACGUGCCAUUUAGACGAACGCUGGGCGUGGCUCAGAACGAUGAUGUUCCGAUUGGACGACCCGACGUUGCUGUGGAGCGCCGUUAGCAUCCUUCUGCUGCCCGCCACUUACUACCUCCUGAUACUGCAUUCCCGCAAGAAUACCAUCAAGGCUCUGCAGAAGCGGCUCAACGAUGUGUCGCUCAGCAAGAGAUUCAUGAAAGAGAUGAAAAGACAACAGCGACAACGACAACACCGCGCACACCAAACUGACCACCACACAGGGACACGCAAGGAUAUAAGGAACUACAAGUGGCCAGACACCCUACGCAUGGCAGCUCCUGAGAGAGUUAUUCACAAAGUUUCCUCCUCAUCCAUAAAUAUAAUUUAACCUCCAUUUAAAGCUUGCAGUUUUGUUUGUCUGAACUAUAUAUCUACGUAGUACUCAGUUUGUUCACUCAUCCAACACCAUGUUCGCGAAUAAGUUCUUGCCUAUUUCCUUCUUGAACUUGAAGCCAUCUCAAUCUAAACAAGUUGACGUGUAUUAUUACAUGUUUUUUUUAAGUGCUUCAUUUAAAUCACCCUUGUUAAUGCCUUAUCGCAUUUAAAAACUCCACCUUUAUCACCUCGUAGUCUACGUCAUUCCAAUGAAUGUAGGUUAAACUAAACUACACUGGUUGCAGUUCAAAUGGGAUAUUAAAUUUUCUGACAAUACAGUGGUGUAUUGAGGCGGUGGAAUUAGAUGACAUAAUAUUGUAUUACCAAAUUUUAAUGAUGCACUUAAUUUUCCGAUAAAACACAGUAUGUUGAGGAUCGUUGUGUCCAGAUCCUCCUCUCAAUGCACAGUGAAUAAAGCAAACAGAUUGCUGGGCUUCAUUAACAUAAAUUCUUCAUUCCGGAAUAAAGAUGUAAGACCACCACUGUCAUUAUACAACACUUCGCUUAGACCUUAUUAUUAGAAUACGCCGCAGGUUUGGCUCUGGCAGAGGCUCCAUCAGGGCCACCAGAUGGCAGGUCAGUUCAGUGAAGGACCCAAUUACCCCCCACCUUUGGUCGU